AUGAAGCUGUGUGUGGAGUGCCGCACCCAGCGGGCGGCCAUGCGCCGCCCAAAGACGUCGGAAGAGCUGUGCAAGGAAUGCUUUUACACCGCGAUUGAGACGGAGGUCCACGAGACCAUCAUGGCCACGAACCUGUUUCGGCGCGGGGAGAGGGUGGCAAUCGGCGCCAGUGGGGGCAAGGAUUCCACGGUGCUGGCUCACAUCCUCACCACCCUGAACAGGAGAUACGACUAUGGUCUGGACCUCUUCCUGCUGUCCAUUGACGAGGGAAUCAAGGGGUACCGGGACGACUCUCUUGAGACGGUGAAGCGCAACGAACAGCAGUACCAGAUCCCGCUGACCAUUUGCUCCUACAAGGACCUGUAUGGCUGGACUAUGGAUGAGAUUGUGGCCCAGAUCGGCACGAAGAACAACUGCACCUUCUGCGGGGUGUUCCGGCGACAGGCACUGGACCGAGGCGCCGCCAUGAUGAAGGCUGACAAGAUCGCUACCGGGCACAAUGCCGACGAUAUUGCGGAGACUGUGCUGCUCAACUUCCUGCGUGCUGACCUGGCAAGGCUUCGGCGCUGUCCCAGCAUCAUCACAGGCGCGGAUUCGACCCUCCCCCGGGUAAAGCCUUUCAAGUAUGUGUACGAGAAGGAGAUCGUGAUGUAUGCCUACUUCAAGAAGCUGGACUACUUUAGCACAGAGUGCAUCUACUCCCCCUUUGCUGCUCGGGGAUUGGCUCGGGAGUUUAUCAAGGACCUAGAGGCAGUGUGCAAGGCCUGCCUGCUGCUGGAAGGCCUGAACAGAGGCCUCCCCCGUAUGGGGGUUGGACGAACAAAGCGGAACGGAGGGGAUGAUGAGUCGUGCUAG